GCCAUUGUAAUCCAUUAACUGUACUUUGAAAAUUUAUAUUUACUAAAUAAAAAUUUAAAAAAAUCCAAAACCAACUAGGAUGAGGUGUUACUUCUCCAUAGUAGCCUACUAUCCAAAAUUGUUUUUGUUUUGUUGUAGCAAGACUAAAGCCAUAUAUCCUCUGUGUGCAAGCAAUUCAUCAAAUGUGUCAGGCUGGAAACAGUUGAGAAUCUUGAUCUCUUGCUGAGAAAAGAAACUUUGCAUUGAGCUAUCACAGACAGUUAUUUUUAUUUGACACUCAGUUGAAAUACCCCUGCUGCAUAGCAUAUUAAGUACUUUAUUGACUAUAAAAUGUGCUGCUGCAAUUAGAGGUUAUUUUUGUUCUUUUUUUCUUUUUCCCCAAGCAUUUUGUCUUUCUGGAGGCAUUUGAAAGCUAAUCCUGUUUAUCAGUUUUUCAAAGAUGGUUGCAAUUUAGCAAAACUGAGUUGGAAAUUUAGUUAAAUAUCUGGCAUCUUUGAGUGUCUCUGAGAUCUGCAAGAAAGCAGGGCAGAGUAAAGUGAGAAUCUUAUUAUGAGGCAUCUUCAAAAACUUCUUGGAAAAUGUAUAAUGUGAAAAAAUGAUGCAUGACUUUCAAAAAAUUUUGCACCAAUAUAAGCUUUUAAUUCCAUUUCCCAUAAACCUUUUGAAGUGCACUUGUACAUGAUCUACAAAGGUAUUUCACACUAGCUGACAUCCUAGCAGAAAUGUUCGCUAAGUCAAUCAGGAGCAAAUCCACUUAAGAGACUGCCUUAUAAAUCAUUCAGCUUUGUCAGUCAGUCUCUGGGUACACUUAGUGAUGGGUUUUUCAAGUUAUUUUAGAGGCAAUCACCUCUAUUUGGUGUCAUCAAAUAAAACAGCAUGGGAUUCAUGGCAGGCACCAUGUUGAAACAGCAUUAAGUUUGAGAUUUCACGCCUGAACCAAAGUCUGGAAAAGAACUGAAGACACAAAAAGACUUCAUAUCCUGCAAGCCAAAGGGCUGGACCUACACAUUCACCAGUAAAUACUGGUUAGUUGACCAAGAGAUAGAGAACUGUUCUGGUAUCUAAGGAUUAUGCCUAGGUUAUUUGCAGUAAGAAAACAGAAAAUCAGAAUCAAGUAUUUGGUUGCCAUACAUUGGUAGCUCAUUCAAUUUAAAUUCCCCCUUAGCAUUUACUCCACUAUCUGCCCUCCAGUUGGUUAGUAGAGAGCCUCACCUUGUUUUCACAUCUCAAGACAUAAACAAUGCUGCUGUCUAUAGAUGACACAGCUGCUUUCAGGGAAACUUCCUAUUGUAGCUUCAAGCUUUUUGAGGAAAAUAUAGUCAAGCCCAUACUAGGUAUCUCAGAGGAGGACAUACUCCCAGAGCAACUGCAACUCAAAGACAAGAUAGUGCUGGCAACAGGAACAGUGGUCCCUAGUCACAGGGAUGAUGCCUCAAAUUUGUCUAUUUGCUACUGGUCUUUCAGGCUUGGAGAGGAGCUACAGCAGCAUCCAAAUGCUUACUUUGACACAGCCAAUGAACUUCUCAAGUUCUUUUAGGUAAGCACCUACUAUCUAUCUGGUUGAAAAAAAAACACCUGGAGUUAAUCAAACAGGCUUACUGAAAGAAUUGGUUACUAUUUGAUACAUAUUCACCCUGCAUUUGAAUCAGUAUUCAUAUGAUCUUCAAAUAGGAAAUAUUGAUGUUCUAGCUCUAAUGGUCUUAGAAAUUUAGUUUCUCAUAAUUUCUAUCAUCGCUGAUAGAGUAGUAAUGAUCUUUUGUUAUGUUACGGUUGAAUUGAUACAAUAAAUUGCAUUUUGCCUUAGACUCUAUUAAAAGCUAUAAAUGGCUCUAUCGCCUCAGAAACAGCCUCGGGAAGGCACCACAUUUUUAUUUUUGUAAGCUUGUCUCCCUUUGCAGAACCAGAAUAUUUAUUGGAAACCCCAAAAUUUUGGCCUCCUUUAAAGCAAUAUCAACUAUCUCAUCAUAGUUAAACACACUGAUUUUUAUUUCUCAUUUCUUUCCUAAUUUCCAGGUAAAUAAAGAACCUUACCCCUUGUUCUAUUUGAUCAGUUUGGAAUCUUUCAACAGUUUUAAUUUUUUUAAUUGCUAUUCAGUGCAUCCAGAUAGGUAAUAUUUAAAAUAGCCACGUAUUAUAAGGGAAAUUUUUCCUUUGCAAUCUUUAGUCUUAUAUGGAAAAGUCCAAAUGAAUGUCUAUUAAUAAUGGACCACUUUAAGAACAUAAAUGUGCUUUAUUAUUUCUGAAUUACUUUUGAAAUUAUUUUUUAGCUAAAAGCAAACUAUAAGAAUCUCUGAACACUUGUCAGCUGACAUUUAGAUAUAUAGAGAAACAAAUGUAAAACUCAUUUUCAGUGGCAGGAAAAUAAAAUUAGCCAGGACACUACUCUCUUUAGGUUAAAUUUCUAGUAAUAAAGUAAACUCAUGAAAAUGAUUAUCGGUGUCUUAUUUCACUUAACAUAAUUUUUAGAUAUUUGCUGCAAAUAUCAGGGUUCUUUUUUAUGAUUCAAUAAUAUUCCAUUGUGUAUUCAUGACACAUUAUCUUUAGCCAUAUGUGUUGAAAUAUUGUACCCCAUCAAAAUGUCUAUCCUGUGAGAAGAGGACUAUUAGAUGUGAACAGUGAAGAAUUGACACCUGUCGCAUGAAUCUCCCAUUUGUGUAAGAAGAUUGGAGAACAGUGACGGUUGUCAGGGGAAGCUACCACAGAGACAGUGAUGAUCACAGGAACUAACAGUGCAGUCUGGGAAAAAUGCUUCUCGUGGAGGUGGGCUUUGGAGAAAUCAGUGGCUGGCUGUCUGAACAGGAAGACCUUAGAUUUGUCUUUGAUUUUCCACUGAGAAUGAGGACAGAGGAAUGAAGUCUGGCUUUCUGUUCCAGUCAUAUAUUUCAUUUUACAGUGAAAAUGUGUUUAGAUAACAUUGAUUCAACACUGCUUGAAAUAAUUUGCCUUGGUAAUAUUUUCACUUCAUAAAGACUUUCACAGGCAAUACUUAGAAAUUUAAUUUUCUUAAUGGUACAGUAGAGUUUCUACUCUAAUAGUUGAGUAAUUUUAGUAGUUACUACAGUCUUGAAUUUUUUAGGAAUGCAGUACAAUGGUUAUUAUUUAAAUAAAGGCAAUUGAUUUCCUUGCUUUUAAUACUAACCAUCUUAAAUUCUGCUUAACUAGGUCGGAGACAGCUGUAAAAACCUAGUAUGUGGACAUUAGUGUCAGGAUUUUUUGUCAGCAUUUUUGUUUCUUACAUCAGAAUGCUAAAGCAUAAGUCAUUGUCAUCUAUUGUCAUCUAUUUGUUUUUAUUCCAGUGCAGAUGACUGAACGGACAAUAAAUGAUUAUUAAUGAUGGCACAAAAUUUCUAAGAAUAACUGCACCUCAGAUUACUCCCCUUCUGAAACAUUCAUAGUAAUUGACCUAUUGAUGUGAUACAUGACUAAUGUCAGGAUCUGAAGGAAGUCUGCAGGAUAUAAUCCUACCUUUUAGGCAGUAAAUGAUUCUAGAAGAGAGAAUUGAAAGAUAAAACAUGCACUUGUGUGAACUUCUCUCUUAUUCCUUUUCAUUUUUAAAAAGGUAAAUGUCAACUUAUUCUAGAUAUCUAUCUUAAUUGUUACCAAAGACAACAAAAAAUCAGCCCUUUCUAUCAAGUGCUGAUGACUUCCAUUGCUUCCUUUCAUCUUCUCAAUAGUCCUCUCAAGUGCCAUUGUAAGCUAAAUCCAAGUGUGGAGGAGCUCACUGGUUUGCCACAUGGAGAGUUGUAGAAUGGAACUCUAGUCUUAGCUCUUGGAUUCCAGCACUUUCUCUGCCUUGUAACCACAUCAUUCUGCCUUAAUGGUAUAGUUCUUGUGAAAUGUGGCUUAACUGUUUUUGUAAAUCACUGUGCUGACUUCCAUGCUGUGCUGUAUCCGCAAACACGGUGAUGAAAACAAUGGAAGCUGCUCUUUGAAAGUUCUGGGGCCUGUAAGAAUGAAAUCAAGAUGACGACAGGGUUAAGGUAUCUCUGAAGGCACUAUAGGAGAUGGUUCCCUUGCAUCUCCCAGCUUCUAGUGGCGCCUUGUAUUCCUUGGCUUGUGGCAGUAACACUUCAAUCCCUGCCUCCAAGUUUAUGUGUCUUUUCCUGGUGUGUGUGUCCAUGUUUCUUUGUUUCAUAAGGACUCCCUCACUCAAUUUAGAGCUCACCCUAAUCCAGUAUAAUUUCACUUUGAUCCUGAAUUAUGUUUCCAAAGACGCUAUUUUAAAACAAGAUUAGCUGCUGAGAUUCCAAGUGGAUGUGAACUUCGAGGGGUGCUAUUCAUCUGUACGACUGUGUUUCUUACGUCUCUUCUAGUAAGAAAAUUGGAGCACUGGUCCACUUUACCAGAAAAUUAAGGAACAUGAUUUGAGUCCUGGUGUUUUUGAUAGGCAGUUGAUUACCCAAACCUAACAAUUUGGGCUCCUCACAAACUCUGCGGAUGCAUGAACUUUGAAUCAUUUUGUUUUACAGAGUAAAAUACACGUUUUCAUCAGUUCUGCUGGUGCAAAAUUCUGUGUGCUUUAGAGUUGUGAAUCUGUGUAUUGGAAUUUGUACUUUGCUAUGUAAUUGCUUGCAGUCAUAGAGGAAGACAGCAGACAUCUAAUAUCUCAUGUUGUUGAGGUAUCUGUGGAACUUGGGAAAGACACCUCUGAUUUCCAUGUACGUAUAAUGGAUAUUUGCAGAUUGACACACUGAGCAGGGAACAAUCACACUAAUGAUUAAUUGAUCAACUAAUGAUGUUAAAUUAUCAUAUGGAUGUCCGACUUCAUAGACUCAUUGAUUUUUCUUUUUAUUAUAUUUACAUGACUGUGAUAGAAUGGGAUUGGGGUUAGCAAUAGGUGUUGAGUAAUGAUGUCACUCACUAACAUUUGGUUAAAAAAUGUGUGACAGAGUGAGAGUAAAGUGUUCUAAUAAAAAGCUGCUCUGAUCUUCUAUCUGCUGGUUCAUUCCCCAGAUGACUGCAUGGGCUGGGACUGGACCAAGCCAAAGUCAGGAGCCCAAGAGCUCCUUCCAUGUCUCCUACAUGAGUGCAAGGGCCCAAGAUGUUGAGCCAUCUUCCACUGCUUUCUUGAGUGCAUUAGCAGGGAGCUGGAUUGGAGAUGGAGCAGCCGGGUCUUGAACCGGUACCCAUAUGGGAUGCUGGCAUUGCAGGCAGUGGCUUUACCCACAACACCAGCCCCUAAUUUUUUUUACAUUCAAACAAGAUUUUAAAUAAGUUAAAAAAUGAUUUUUGAUGAUAAGAGCUAGUAUAUUUUGCUUUUUGUAAAUUUAAAGUAUAUAAUUCUAGUAAGAAAAAAUAAAAAGGUUAGUUCUUUUAUACUGAAGUAGUCACUGAAAGUCUAUUAACUGCCCCCUUUUUUCCAUGUACCUUUUAAAUAGAGCUCUGCUUUCAUUUUAAAAUAAAAUUGUAAAUAUUUCAUCUUUUCCAUAGACUUUGUAAACAUAGUUUUAAUGGUUGAAUAGCAGUUCAUGAAGCAUAGGAUUUCUCCAUGGUGAGCACUUAGAUGAGUUCCAGUUUUUUUGGUGAUACUCAUAUAAAUAAUACUGCGAUGGGUAGUAUUCUAGUAAAGAUCCCUCUCCCAGGCAAAUAAGCUGAUAUUGAGAUUGUUAUUACCUUUUCUUGGUUAUAUUGAUCUAUAUUGAGAGUUGAGUGUUUUCUAUAAUCUUGAUGCACUAGUAUACUGGAAAUUUGCUUCACCAAAUGAUUUGCCAGUUUAUGGCUUGCUGGUAGCAUUCAAGGUCCUCACUGAACUGUAACCUCACCAGCAUUAAGUAGGAACAGCAUUAUAAUUCCAUUUCAGUCAUUACUACUUUGUUAAAUGAAACAUAUUUUACUUUUAGUUAACAUACCUUUACUUAGUAGGAAAAUAAAGUUUGUACAUUAGGAACACAUACUACUUUCCUGAAUUGUUUGUUUGGGCUGAAUUGUCCCCUCUGACCCUGUUCAUAUUCUGACAUCUUAAACCCUAAUAAUUCAAAACUUAAGUUUUUGGAGACAGAUAUCUUUAAAGAGAUAAUUAAGAAUGUAAGGGAAAAGGGAGCAGAAUGGAGAGGAGACACAGAUAUGAACUCAGAGCCAGAACAAAAUUUAUUCAAGAAGAAAAAAUUCAGAGGUAGAUGACAAACUGCCAGCAUGCUCACAUACGGCACACGUGACAGAGGGCACAGUCCUCAGUGGGCUGGCCAUUUUAUAUCUUAGGGUGGCCUAAAGGUCCAGAAGGAAGGAAGCAGGGGCGAUAGGAGGAGGGGAGUUUCUCCAUACAGAUAUUUCAAGUUUUGCCCCUGCUUUCAAACCUGGAAAAGAAUGCUGGGGUUGGGGCUGGAAGCAAUACACGUUGUGAGACUGAAGUGGUCUUUUGAAAGAAGGCAUGGAUAAGGGGUAAAUUCUUAUUUUACCUACUUUCAAGCAAGGAGCUAGUUUAUGUCCUUGUUCCAUCAAAGAUAUGUGAAGUCACAUGGGUCAGCCUUAACCGAAGGUAACGAGUGUCACUGUACGAAGAGAAAUGGGGAUACAGACAUGCAGGCUGAGGAUGACCGUAGGAGCAUGGAGAAGGCAUUCACUUGCAAGCCAAGAAGAGAAACUUUGGUGGAAACAAAGUCUGCUAACACUUUGGUUUAGGACUUCUAGCCUCCAGAACUAUGAGACAAUGCUUUGUUGCCCAAGCCAUCUAGUAAAUAUUUCAUCUUUUCCAUAGACUUUGUAAACGUAGUUUUAAUGGUUGAAUAGCAGUUCAUGAAUUUUGUUACAGCAGCCCUAGGAAAUGAAUACAAUUCCCUUUGCCAACUCUUUAUUAGGGUCUUAGAGCUUAGUAAUUUGUACAAGCUCUUUUUGUGUUAACAUACUUAUUUUCUUCUUCCCUUUAUUGUAAAGUGAUUAGUUGCCUUUUCCGUAUUUUACUUUUUUAGCCUUUUGCAUGUAUAAAUGUACUAUUUUCCCACAAUUAUUCAUAUAUUCCUUGGUGCUUUUUGCCUGGUACUUCAGAACUUAGAAAGUCCUUCCCCCUUAAGAGAUAGGAUGUGUUAUCAGUCUUAGUUUUUUUGGGUUUUGAUGUUGACCUGGAUAAUGUAAAUUUUCCAAGUUUGAGAACAAAGAUUCCAACAAGCGGAUGAAUUUAAAUGUAUAGAGUAAAGGUUUCUUUAAUUUGAGGCUGUUAUGCCUUGACCAACACACUUUCAUCUUUAUUUUCAGUGACUCAUUGAAGAGUAUGAUUAUUUUCAGUGGCUAUUACUUCAUUUAGAAAACUUACAUUAUCAAAGUGGAACAAUAACCUCAUUUUUAAAAUCCUCAGUAUAAUUAAUACCAUUAGUUAUACACACAGAGAACCUCAGGGAGAGAAUAGAAACUGCUCUUGGACAUCUGUUAAGGGCCUUUGAAAUUCUUGGGGAAUUUUACUCCAAAGGGUGGGCAUGUUGUCUUGCAAGAUGAAACAAACCUUUAUUCUCUGUUUCAUUGUUUUCACUUGUGAGUCUCCGAUUAACAUAUUUAAAGUUGUUUUUAUGGAUCAUUUUAUCCAAAGUUUGUUUCUUCUUUGUAGAUCUUUCUAGAAUGUGUAGGAAUGGCUUUCUUUUCUACUGCUGUAUGCUUAUUGGUGUUGCUCCCAGAUCAAUCAAAAAUGCCAUCUCUGCAAGGCAGAGGUUGUUGAUACUCUAGUUGUCUUCAUUUCAAAAUAGAAAACUGCCUUCAGUUUUGAGAUAAAAUUAUCUAAAGAUUCUGGAAUCUUUCCUGAAUUGAACCACUUUAGGUCACUGUGAAAUUACAGAAAAUAGCUUGAAAAUUACUUUAAAUAAAUAUUUGGAUGUCCUUCUCUGAAGUGGAGGAUAUAUUGCCUUUUAAAUUUUUAUUAGAAAAAUUUACUGACAUACGAUGUAUUUUCAUAAGACAAAUCGAGUCAACCAGUAGUUACUGUGUACUGUUAAAAGCCAGGCCCUUCCCUGAAGUCUGGGAAACAUGGUUGGUUUGCUGAACUUGGAACUGACCAAGAGAAUAGACAUUAGCUCAGGAAUUGCCCCUUCAGUUGCUGGAAUGAGAAUUCCAAGGGAAGACUGGGGAAGCAGCUGUUCAUGGAUGCAUCUCAUUGUUUUUUUGUUUGUUUGUUUGUUUUUUGUUUUUGUUUGUUUUUUUUUUUUUUUUGACAUUGUUUUAGCAAAUGUGCUAGCCUUAUCAGAUUGUGGACUGUCAUCCUGGUUAUGUUUAGGACUUGUGAAAACUGAUCAAACAGAUCAUUAUCUGAGAAUUAAUCGGUGAGUGUGGGAAAGCAGACACACAAAGAAGGAAGUCACAGAUGCUGCCAUGGAAUUCUGUGCAGCAAAUCCCAAAGAAGAUAAAGAGCCAGUGAUAUCUGGGUUAAGGCAAGUUGUUAAGCCAGAAAGGACUCCGUGAGGGAAGCGAUCCUGCUCUGAGGUUUGGAAGAUGAGCAGGUGUUCAUCAAGGGACCAAGGCAGAGGAAGAAUGGUCACCAUUAGUUUUACUAGGUGAUACCAUCAACUUCAAUAUGAGCAGAUUUUUGUAAUAUGUUUAUUAAAAAGGUCAGCCCUGGGGCCAGUGCUGUGGCUUAGCAGGUAAAGCUGCUGCCUGUGGCACUGGAAUCCCAUAAAGGCACCAGUAAACGAGUCCUGGCUGCUCCACUUCCAAUCCAGCUCCCUACUAAUGUUUCCAGGAAAGCAGCAGAAGAUGGACCAAGUCCUUGGACUCCAGUGCCCAUGUGGGAGAACCGGGAAAAGCUCCUGGCUUUGGUCUGGCCCAGCCUUGGCCAUUGCAGCCAUUUGGGGUAUGAGCCAGUGGAUGGAAGAUACCUUUUUCUCUCUUUUUUUCUCUCUGUAACUCUGCCAUUCAAAUAAAUAAAAAUUAAAAAGUCCUUAAGCUUAUAGUUGUGUGAUUAAUAGCAGUUGAAGUUGAGGACUGACUAAUAGAAUUCUCCAGUACUGUAUUGUUAAGAAAGCUGUCAUCUAGAUUUUCUGUUCAAAGCCAAACUUUAUUACCUGAAUACCUAUGGCUGUUUUUCUCACAUUUCAAGUGAGCCAUUAGCUGUGGAUGAAGGGCAUUAGUUCUCAUUCAGAAUUCUGCUGUAGUAAAAACAAAGCUCUGUACUUUUUUGCACGUCUGCAUCUGCUCUCUUGUCAUCCUGCUAGUGAAGUACAGAUUUGACGUUGCUUAUUUUCUUAGACUGUGCCAAUAAAAUUAUACUCUUUAUUUAAAAGAGAGAUUGAGGAGAAAAUUGGGGAUGUGCAUGCAUCUACUCUUAAAAGAGAUGUGGCUUUCCAGCUUGGGCCCUCCAAGAUGGCUCCCGCGAAGAAGGGCGGUGAGAAGGGCCGUUCUGCCAUCAACGAGGUGGUGACCCACGAGCAUACCAUCAACAUUCACAAGCACAUCCGUGGUGUGGGCUUCCAGAAGCGUGCCCCUCGGGCACUCAAAGAGAUCCGGAAAUUUGCCAUGAAAGAGAUGGGAACUCCAGAUGUGCGCAUUGACACCAGGCUCAACAAAGCCGUCUGGGCCAAAGGAAUAAGGAAUGCCCCAUACCGCAUCCGUGUGAGGUUGUCCAGAAAACGUAAUGAGGAUGAAGAUUCCCCAAACAAGCUCUACACUUUGGUUACCUACGUACCUGUCACCACUUUCAAAAAUCUGCAGUUGAGCCGGCGCCGUGGCUCAAUAGGCUAAUCCUCCACCUUGCGGCGCCGGCACACCGGGUUCUAGUCCCGGUCGGGGCACCGAAUUCUGUCCCGGUUGCCCCUCUUCCAGGCCAGCUCUCUGCUAUGGCCAGGGAGUGCAGUGGAGGAUGGCCCAGGUGCUUGGGCCCUGCACCCCAUGGGAGACCAGGAAAAGCACCUGGAUCCUGGCUCCUGCCAUCGGAUCAGCGCGGUGCGCCGGCUGCAGCGGCGGCCAUUGGAGGGUGAACCAACGGCAAAGGAAGACCUUUCUCUCUCUGUCUCUCUCUCUCACUGUCCACUCUGCCUAUCAAAAAAAAAAAAAAAAAAAAAAAAUUAAAAAAAAAAUCUGCAGUCAAUGUGGAUGAGAACUGAUUAAAGUUGUAAAGCUGAAAAAAAAAAAUGUGCCAAGGAAUGAGGUUAUUUCUUAAUUUAUUGGGCACAUACAAUAAUCUGUCAUCGAUACCCCUGUCAUAAUCUCUGGAACCUGUGAAUUUGUGUCUGUGGCAAAAAUACAUGGAAGAUGUGAUUAAGUUAAUCCCAGGAUUGGGAUAUUUUCAUGGAUUAUCUGGGUGAACUCACAAUGUUAGAUUGAUGUAGUGUGAGAAAGACUGCACUGGUUGGUGUUGAUUUUGAGAAAGCUGAGCCCAGGAGUGCAGUAGGCCCCCAGGAGCUGGAGAGGGAUGCGAAGCAGCCUCUUCCCCAGGACCCCAGAAGGAACAGUCUCACCAGCACCUGGAUUUUUUCUCAGUGAGAUCCAUUUUUGAAGUCUGACUUCCAGACCUGCAAGAUAAUAAAUUUAAGCUGUUUCCAUCUAUCGAGUUUGAAGUAAUUUGUUCUGUCCACAAUAGGAAACUGAUUAUUGAGUGUGUUUUAUGGUGGCCACUGAUUAUAUCUCUUACUAUGAAUUUUCCACUGCUGCAACCCAUGGUAAGCAAUUAGACUCUAAAGAAAACACUUAAAAUAGCUUUAUUAUAAAGGAAAACACCUGCUUAUAAUAGAAAGCCUAAGUAUGCUAACGGCACUUACAUAUCUCACUACUAAGAUAGUCUUGGAACUUGUUUACUGUAGAUAUGUGUUUCUGCUCUAAAUACGUUGAUGGGACUUGUAAGUCUCAGUCUCCAGUGAUGUCUCAAAAUUAUCCCCCUCUCCUUACAUGUAUAUCACUUAUCCCCUCCUCUGUUGUGAAAACCCCUUGGGGGAUGGGGCAAACACUUCUUCGUGUCUUCCCCAGUAUUUUGAGAACUAAUUUACAAAUUCACAUCCUUAGUAUGGCAUGUUUAGCAGUAUGUCUGCCUGUACUUAGACCCAGCAUGUCUUAGUAAUUCCACUCCUUCAGUGUUGUAGAUAACAUCACCUUGAGAAGCUGAUUCAUAUUUACAAGACUCACAAGAGACUGAGGAAGAUGAUGUAGAAGGCCCCCUUCCUACUUUCCAGUGAGAAAUGUGAUGGAAAGAUACAUUGAAGGUUCUCAUCUACUUGUCUUCUCCCUUAAUCAGAGUAGAAAAUCCAAUGUCAUAUACUUUCCCAAAGAUAUCUGAAUCUCAUACCAGAGUGGCUAGAUUUAAUUCCCAACAGAGGUCCCUCGUUCUAGCUAUCUUCUGAUUGCCAGCUGUUGAUGACUCAAGUACUUGGGUCCCUACCAUCUAUGUGGGAGGCAUGGAUCGAGUCUUGAGUUCUUUGCUUUGUCCUGAUCCAGGCCUGGUUGUUUUGAGCAUCUGGAGAAUGAACCAGCAGAUGGGAGUGCUAUGUGUGUGUCUAAUUCUUAAAUGAAAAAAAUUCCAUAUAAGGAAGUAAGUCACCAUCAAGACUACUCUAAAAUUUGGAAUCAUCUGCAUGGAGUUAAUUCUUUUUAAUUCAUGGGAGCAGUAAACCCUGACUACUUGGAGCACCCAAGUGAGACAGCAAACUAUCUCAAUUGGAUGGCUCCUCAGUCUUUGUACCCUCUCUGUGCAGUGCUUGAUUGGAAAAUAAAAACACAUUGCAACUGUCAUUUUUCACACCACAACAAAACAAUCUUUCAUUGAAUGCCCUUUUCAUUAGGUAGAAUAAUACCAUUUCAGUAUAAAACUUGAGUUUCUCAUUUAUGAAGAAGAGAUGCUAAUUUUCUCUAACAUACCUUGGAAUUGCAUUGCUAUCAACGGUCAGGAGUUUAUUUUAUACUUUAAUGCCUCAUUUUUGAAAGUACUCUACUUGUAACCAUAAGCCUGCAACUGUCUUUUAUUUAUUGUUUUUAUAAAAUCAUUGAGUUAAAACUAAGACUAGUGCAGACAGACUUUUUGGAAUUCUGUAGUAUGCAGUGUCAAGGCUUCAUGUCUAGAUCAUUCUGGGUUCCAGUGGAGCCCACUGUUUGCAAAUAUUAAGAAUCAUCCAGCCCUUCCCAGUGAUGAAGACUUUUUCAGUAGAUGAGUUGGAAGUGAGCCAUGGCUUAGAGUUCUGUAUUGGGCAUUUUGCCUCUGGAAGCCCAGCUGUUUCCUGGCGAGAGCUUCCAUUCUGUAACUGGUUCCCAUCAUUUUGAGUAUCCAGCAGAUCUACUUCCCCUCUAGCUCACCUGUCUCUUCAUAUGACAGCUUAUUUCAUGGAAAUAUGGAGCAUUUCUAGCCAUGGCUAGAGGCCUAAUUGCCCUGUCUAUAAACACCUACUACACAAAAGCAGAAAAAAGUAAGAUAUGGAUAGGAAAUGUUACAAAUCAGCAUUACAAAAUGAGACCACUUGUCUGGACACGAAAGGAUGUAGCAGUUACAUUCUUAUCUACUGUCCUGACGCCCACCAUGGGAAGACGUGUUUCCAUGCUGCACCUCGGAAUCCCUGAGUCAUUGUCCAUUUUUAUCUUUCUUUCUGAUAACAGCUACAUAUUUUUCUACCAGUUUGUUUUUUUAACACAUCUUCUAAGCAAAACUUAUAUUUUAGAGCAAGGUGAGAUUAUUAUUGUCUUGACUUUUAAACUCUUUUUUGUUUUUGACAGGCAGAAUUAGAGAGAAAGGUCUUUCUUCGGUUGGUUCACCCCCCAAAUGGCUACCAAGGCCAGCACACUGCGCCGAGCCAGGUGCUUCUUCCUGGUCUCCCAUGCGGGUACAGGCCCCAAGCACGUGGGCCAUCCUCCACUGCCUUCCUAGGCCACAGCAGAGAGCUAGACUGGAAGAGGAGCAACCGGGAUAGAAUCCGGCACCACAACCGGGACUAGAACCCAGGGUGCCAGCACCGCAGGAAGAGGACUAGCCUAGUGAGCCGCGGCGCCAGCCGACUUCAUAAACUCUUAACAUUGAAACUUCAAUUUAACUGCAACUUGCUAUUUAAGUCUGUGUGAGGAGCACAGAUAUGUAACAUAUAUUGGAUGUUUACUAUAUGCCAGAUUCUCUAUUAGAAUAUCUGCAUUUUUUAUUUAAUUUUCAAGAUGUAUGAUGAGAUUAAAAUUAUCCUUGAUUUCCUUUUGAGCAAAUGCAAGCUUGGUGAAGUUAGUUUCCCAAAGGCACAAAAGUGAUGCCAUCAUGAUUUGAAUGUAGGCUCAUCUGAUUUAAAAUCCUUUCAUUUUUCUUCUUUGAAUGAUUCUCUUCCAGUACAUGAAGCGCUCCUUCUCUAAUUAUUUGCUAUUGAACCUCAUUGUAUGUAAUAGCUCUUAGAACUUGGAUUUUGAUUAAUAAAUAUUUGUUGAAUGAGAAAAGAAAUAGAAAAAUAAAGGGAAUGAAGAUGGUAGGAAAGAAAGGAAGAAGGACAAAGAGAAAGGGAGGUAGGAGGAAGCAAAGUCUGUGAAAUACAACUUUUUCAGGUACUUUAAGUAUCUCUCUAAAAUAUAAUGAGUUUAUAUACUUAGUGUGCAUAGUAAAUAUGUAUAUGUGAAUAUAUAUAGGAGGGGACAUCAAAAGGUUUCUGGGAAAGGAGAAUUUCAAAGAAGUUAUUUGGUAAAAAUUUUUUUGAAAAACAUCUACAGUUUUUCACAACAUACAUUUUCAUAAACAUUUUGAAGAAGACCCCUUAUCUACAUAUAUGUUUGUAUAUAUUGAGUGGUUGAAAAUUUGUUUGGCUGGUUAUUCAAGUGCAUGGAAUGUCAUUUAUGUUUUUGGAAUACUUCUGGGCUAAGCUCCUAUGAAGAGAUUAAAACCAAUUCCUUUAAUGAUUGAAUAAAAAUGAAAGCAAAUUAAAUCAGAAAUCCCUGCUUCCUUGUAGAUACCAUUUUUGGUUUUUCUGUGAAUCAGCCAUUGGAUACUUUUGUUUAAGCGUUUUGUUUAUUCAGUUUUUUUUCCUUUCACAUAAUAGCAGUUAGAUUUUAAUGAGAGAAACAGAAAAUUGGCUGUGACAUAAAGGAUCUACUUCAAAAAAGCUAUUCAAAACAACCAGGAAAAUAUUUUUGGACACAAAUGUAUUUUAACAAGCAUAAUUUUCCCCAUAUCAUAAUGGUUUGAGUAGCAGAAGGAGUUUUCUAUGAUGCUGUAAUUUAUUUAUUUUGUGAAAAUAAUCAUUCCUGUAUGGCACAGAUUCAUUUGAAAUAAUUAUAAACUAUCAUAUGCUUUUUGUAAGUAAAUUUUUCCAGAUAUUUCUUUAAAAAGCAGUCUUUUUUCAACCUUCUGUCAGUAAAUAUAUCUAAAUUAUUUUAAAAAAAAGUUAAGCAAUCUAAGAGCUGUAAGCUAGAAAAAGUUUUCCUUUUGAAACAUUUAAUUUUUAAACCUUGAAAAUAGCUUUCAGGAUUCAUAUUUUGCUUUAUUUUAAAAAUUUUAUUUAUUUGAGAGGUAGAGUUACAGAUAGAGAAAAGGAGAGACAGAGAGAAAGGUCUUCUAUCUGCUGCUUCACUCCCCAAACAGCUGCAACGGUCAGAGCUGGGCCAAUCUGGAGCCAGGAGCUUCUUUUGGUUCUCCCAUGCUGGUACAGGGGCCCAAGCGCUUGGCCCAUCUUCUACUGCCAUAGCAGAAAGCUGGAUAGGAAGAGGAGCAGCUGGGACACAAACCGGUACCCAUGUGGGAUGCUGGUGCUGCAGGCAGAAGCUUAGCCUACUAUGCCUCAGUGUCAGCCUCUUUGCUUUAUUUUUUAAAAGAUUCAUUCAUUUAUUUGGAAGGCAGAGAGAAAAAAAGAAAUCUUCCAUCCCUUGGUUCACUCCAAAUUGCCAUGGUUGGGGCUAGGCCACCAUGAAGUGAGGAGCCAGGAACUCCAUCUGGGUCUCCAAUGUGAGUACAAGGACCCCAAGGACUUGGACCAUCUGCUGCUGCUUUCCCAGGGCAUUAACAGGGAAUUUGAUUGGAAAUGGGGUAACCAGGACAUGAACAGCCCAUAGAGGAGGCUGGCAUUGCAGGCAGCAGCUUAACCCACUGUUCCACAAGGCUGGCCCUCCAUUGUACUUUAAAUGGGGUUAUAUACAUUUUCUUAAUAUAAAUUAUAUUUAAAAUGUCAUUUUAGAGACAAGCACUAUAGUUCCAUCUUACUGAAAAUGUUAAAAGAAUGCACGUUUUAUCUGUGCAGAAUAUUAAUUAGCUUGUGAUCGACAUCAUUAGCAAAGCAUAGUGCAAGUUGAGAAGAAAAAUGAUAAAUGCUAUGUGUGUGUGUGUGUAUUUAACAGCUUAUUUGAAAGUCAGAAUUAGAGAAAGAGAUAGUGAGAUCUUUGAUCUCUAGUUCACCUCCCACAAGACUGCAUUGGCUAGGGCUGGGCCAGGCCAAAACCAGGAGCCAGGAGUUUCAUCCAGGUCUUCCAUAUGGGUGGCAGGGGUCCAGAUACCUUGGCUGUCCUCUGCUUUUCCCAGGCCAUGAGUCAGGAGUUGGAAUGGAAUUGGAGCAGGCAGGACAUGAACCAGUGUCCAUGUGUGAUGCUGGCAUAAUAGGCAUCAGCUUUACUGGCUACACCGCAGUUCCCGCCCUGCAGUUUAUAAUCUAAAGUGAAUUGGCACACUUCUUUAAAGCAAACAUUAGUUUUAUUUCAUCUUCCUUUAAAAAGAUGUGUGGUCUUAGUGUUGGUAUCAACAGUUACUGAAAAGUAGCUAAACUUGUGAAUAUUGUGGGGAAGCUCUGUUUCCAGUUUAGAAAACUGACAAAAAGAUUGAACUUUUUGCGAUGAGCAGGUUUAACAAAUUUUGUGAUAAAUCUGUGUAUUUUUUACUCUUCCUUUCCUUAGCGAUGUGUAGUGGCUCAUCUAGCACUUGGUAUUUUCUACAGUAGCUGUUGUCAUUGCCAUUCCUCUCUUUUCUUACUGAAAUGUGUGGCCUGUGACUUCACUUGCAUUUUAAUCAAUGCUGAAUCAAGGUGUCUGUGCCUUUUCAUAACGUUAUUGAACAAGAUAACAUAGUACUUCCAUUUUCCAAACUCUUCCAUCCUUCCCUUUUUAUUUAGAGAUGGAUCACAGUAUAUAUCCACAUAUGUAAAGGAGUUGAGUAUAGACUAACACGGACAGUAUGCAAGGGAGGUGAUACAUGCCACUUGAAAUUGACAGGAAAUGGAGGAUAGGGUAGGAAGAGUUAUUAUUUUCUUAAAUCUGUAUAUAUGAAAUACAUAAAAUUUGCUCAGCUUAUAUAAAUAAAAUUUUUAAAUGAAAAAAGAAAUUGAUGGGGAGUGAGUACACUUUAGGGUAGACCCUGAUAUUUGGAGAAGUGUCAUGGCAGGUGUAUUGCAUGUAACAAGACAUAAAGAAUGGAGUGAGAGGAAUUAAAAUUAGAGAUGUCAUAAAUGCUUACAUCAAUUUGGCCAGAGAUAAUGUGAAAAUCAGGGUAACAUGUAAGGAUAAAAAAGAUUCUUAAUUGCUAAGACAUUAAUGCAGUACACACUCAGAGUAAUGUCUUUAAAAAAGACUUAUUUAUUUACUUACUUACUUACUUGAAAGUCAAAGUUACACAGAAGAAGAGGCCUCCGGAGAGAGAGAGGUCUUCUAUCCACUGGUUCACUCCCCUAUUGGCUGCAACAGCCAGAGCUGCGCCCUGGAGCCAGGAGCCAGGAGCUUCCUCCAGGUCUCCCAGGCAGGUGCAGGUGCCAAAGGACUUGGGCCAUCUGCUACUUUCCCAGGCCAUAGCAGAGAGCUGGAUUGGAAGUGGAGCAGCUGGGACUUGAACCGGCGUCCAUAUGGGAUGCCGGUACUUCAGGCAGUGACUUUACCCAUUACGCCACAGCACCGGCCCCAGAAUAAUGCUCUUAAAUUCAUAUAAUGUGAUUUUUUAAAAUUUUUAAGGAGCUAAAGAUUCUGUCUACUUUUUAGAAGACUGAAAUUAUUUUUGUUUUGGUUUAGAUUAUUAAAUGGAGAGCUUUCCAUUUAUUUCUAACAUGUAACUAAGUGCAGACUUUGAUUCUAAUCUCUCCUCCAGUUACCUUGAGUGGAUGCUCAGAUUGUUCCAUUAAAUAUAGAAAAUAUGCAUUCCUCUGUCUCAUGUGUUUCAUCUGAGUGAACAUCUUAACAAGUAGAAUCUAGAAGGAAAAAUGACAGAUUUCAAGUAAUGGCGUAUUCUCCUCCUCUCAUCUAUUUAUUAUUAAUAUUUUGUGCCUUUUAAAGUUGAAUACAUUUGUAUGAUUUGAAUUUUAAAGCUUUAAAAAUUAUCGUGAGAAGGAGAGAGAGACAACAGACAGACGUUCAUUCUUAUCUGAUUGUUUAUUUCCCAAAUACUCAAAUGCCCUUGAUGGCCAGGACUGAGGCUGGAGCUCCAGGAACUGUAUUCAGGUCUCCUAUAUGGGUGGCAGGCACCCGAUUAGUUGAGACAUCACUGUUGCCACAGAGUCUGCAUUAGCAGGAAGCUGGAGCCAUGAAUCAAAUCUAAUCAGUUUGAAAUGGACACUGACGUCUUAACCACUAGGCUAAAGGUCUAUUCUCCGAGUCUUUAAUUUUAAUUGUCACAUAAUAAUUGGACAUAUUUAUGUUAUACAGCAUGACAAUUCAGUGCAUUUAUACAAUGUGUAAUGAUCAAAUUCGAGUAGUUAGCAUUUCCAUCUCCUUAAACAUUUAUCAUUACUUUCUUUGGGAACCUUCCAUCUCCUCUCUUCUAUUUUGAUGAAUUGUUGUAAACCAUCUUCACUCUGCUCUAAAACACUAGGCCUUUUCCUUGUUCACAGCUGUAUUUUGGUACUGUUGUCCCACCUGUUCCUACCCCUUCCCUGCCCUUCCUAGCUUCUAGUAUCCUUUUUCUACUUACUACAUUUGAAGUCAGAUUUCUUAGCUCUCACAUUACUGAGAAUUUGCAAUAUUUGUCUUUCUGUGGCUGACUUAUUUAAUGUUAUGCCUUUAAAAAAUAUUUUAUUAACUUGGGUUUUAGGCUAUUUAUGCUCAGUGGUAAUAUUUAUUAUUCCAAAUAUUUACAGCUUUUUUGAUAACAGCUGUCAUCCUGAUGAUCUUUGGGAAAAGUGCCCUCAGAAAAGUAUUUUUUAACUUUUGGCAUUACGAGACAAUGAAAAGUAAAUGUCAUGACAAAAAUUGAAACUAUAUAAGCAAGAAAAGUAAAAUUUACAGGAGAAAACAAACAACUAAAGUUUUACACAUUGUAACACUAUACAUAUCAAACAAAAUUCUUGAAAAAAUUACAUAGUUGAAUAUAAAGUUCUUUAGAUCUGUGAAUGCAACUGAAUAUUUUAAUUUAUCUUCUGAGGAAGUGACAGUAACAUAAAUUGAUAACAUACAUUAGUAGCAGUAACAUACAUUAGAAAACAAGUUGUAUAAACCCUUAAGAUCUCAGAACCUGAAAGUGGGGACAAGGAUUAAAUAUAUUUGUUACAAAGCCACAGACCCAAUUUAAACUGUCAAAUUUGUAAGCCCUUUCUCAGCACCCAGAUGCUUACCCUUACAGGCAACCUGGAUUGGCACAAAUUACAUUCUGACUAAACCAGAUCUCUGGGUGCAAAACCACUCUUUUAUGUCCUAUGUGUAUUUGCUUUUCAUGUCUGGCACAGCUUAGCUAGAGUGGGUUAGGUUUUAGACUUUACAAAGCUUUUUUCUUCAUUUUAUUCCUAUUAUUUGUAUUUAAAUUCAAAGCAGAUAGCAGUUUAUCCCUCUUACCAUUUAGCUUCAGAAUACUCUUGGGCCCCAAGCUGUAAGGCCACAGUGGCCAGGAAUAACAAUAAAAUAAAAAUGAACUCUGUAGGAAGAAGAACUCUGGUCUGAGAGGUGAGAAUUCUGAGCGUAUUCCUGUGAUGGCCACUUUGUAGCUGUGUGCUCUUUAUUACACAGUGUUGAAAUUCAGAAUCUCAUUUAUAAAUAACCUGUCAGCGGCAAGCUUGUACUGGGAGACUUUUCUCAUUUCUUUCAUUUUGAAAUUUUUGAAACUUAAACUAUUUUACUUUUUUUGUGGGAUGUCUACUUCAAGAAUUAUAUUUGGCAAUGCAGAAAUAACAGUGAUUUCCAAUAAACUUUAUGCACACUGAAGAAAAAAAGGUAAAAUAAUUUUUCAAAAUGGCCUAUGAAAAUAGAUACAAAUUAUUAGGGAAAAGGAUGAGCAUUUGGUGCAGUGGUUAAAAUGGCCCUUGGGAUGCCCACAUCCCAUAUUGGAAUGCUAGGGUUUGAGUGCUGGCUCUGAUUACAACUUUGUCAUAAAGUACACCCUGGGAAGAAGCUGAUGGUGGUUCACAUACUUGGGUCCUAUAUGGGAGAUUCAGGUUGAGUUCCUUACUCUUGGCUUUGGCCUGGCCCAAUCUUGACUGUUGUGAACAUCUAGGAAGUGAACCCAUAGAUGGAAGACCUAUUUGUCCAUCUGUUUUUAAAAUAAAAAUAAAUUCAUUUGUUUCUUGAAAAAGAAAAAUAGUAGUAAAAUAAUAAUUUUUUCUCUGGUAUAGUUUGGCAUGAAAGGUAAUAAUGUGAACUUUGUUUUUAAAGAUUUAUUUAUUUGAAAGAGUUACACAGAGAAGACAGGCCUUCCAUCUGCUGGUUCACUCCCCAAUUGGGCACAAUGGCUGGAGCUGUGCCAAUCCGAAGGCAGGUGCCAGAAGCUUCUUCUGGGUCCCUGGUGUGGGUGCAGGGGCCCAAGGACUUGGGCCAUCUUUUGCUUUCCCAGGCCAUAGCAGAGAGCUGGACUGGAAGUGGAGCAUCCAGAUUUCAAACUGGUGCCCAUAUUGGAUGCCAGCACUGCAGGUGAUGGCUUUACCUGUUAUACCACAGUGCCAGCCCCAGCAAUAAUAAGAACUUUAAAUUGGUCCAUGUUGGAUAACUUUAUAUACACAAUAGGACACUCAGGACAGGGAAGUGACAAUUCCUGUGGGGAUUGAGACCUUGGUUUAUUUUCUGACUUGGUCAUUGAGUAGGCAGUAGAUCACCAGGCAUCUGUAGCAUUGGUGUUUAUGUCUCAAUUGAAAGGAUGGGAGUAUAUGAUUAGAACUUUAUUUUACAGCUCUGGCAGGAAUAUAAGAUACAAUGUUAAAGUCCAGAAAACCAAGGGGAAAAUUCUUCCCUGUCGCUCCCCCUCUUCGUGGAGGAACGACACUAGACCCUGCGCUGUUCUUUUGUCUGCUCGGCCCUCCCCGGGUUUGCUGCCGAUCCUUCCACCUCCGUGGAAGGGCGGUUCCCCCUGCCACUUUCCCCACUUCCGCGGGGGAGUGGCACACCGCCAGCCGGCUCUCUCGGGGGCUACUCAGAUGUUAUCCGGAUGUUCCCUUUAGAUGUUCCUGGUGCAUGUUGUCUCUCUCCUCCUUUAUAGUCCUCUUCCACCAAUCCCAACUCUGUUAUCCACACGCCGAGCACGCUGCUCUCCUGCAAUCAGGAGCAGGUCCUGCAGUUUAUUGGUCGAACUGGAGGCGGCUGUGUAGAAGCUGUUUACUCCUCUCCCAGCGCCAUAUUGUGGGAGAGCAGAUGCAUAGAAUAAGUCUUAAUUCCAGUAACUUAGUCUAGUCCGAGUUGCUCCCCACACUUCCCUAGCUGAUCCUGUUUAGAAUUAAUGAUUACUUGAUAUGUUGCAUCUGAGCUUUUAAUGAACCCUAUGUGUCAAGUUGAGAGCGCACAAAAAUAGAUAGCAGAAUGUUAUGCCUAGCUAGAGAAAUACAUGGAAGUGUUUAUAGUGUCCUAAGAUCACUGCUGUCAGAAAUGUGAUUGUAGUGCCAUUGAAAAUGUCUAGAAAAAGGAAAAAGUAGCUGAUUUUCCUGGAGGCUCAUUUAUGAAGUAACAUAAUUGGUGCUUGAUAAUGAGCUUGAGUUCGUUAAAAGGAAGAAUUGGAAAACAUAAAGCUCCAGCAUCUGAGUGUUCCUUUAAUUUUUUUUUUUUUUGAAAAGCAGAGCACUAUAUGGGUGAGCACACCCAUUCAGUACCCCCCACCCCCAUCACCAAAUGCCUGUGAUGGCCAGUUCUGGGCAAGAUUAAAGUCAGGAGCUGGAAUCCGAUCCAGAUCUUAGACAUGGAUGGCAGGGACCAGAGUACUUGAGCUCUCAUUGCUGCUGUCCAUGAUGCACAUUUACAGGAAGCUGUAUCAGAAGAAGAGCAGCCAUGAGCAAAUCAGGUACGAAAGUCUGGGCGGCAGGCAUCCUGAGGGGUGGUUCAGCUGCUGCUUCACAAUUUCUACCCUCAUCUGAGAGUUUGGAUACCAGCUGAUCUAUCUUGGAAACUCAAUCUUCAGUGUUAUUCGAACAUAAAUAUUAGGGGCCGGAGCAUUAAGAACUUUGAAAAUGCAAUUCUAACUUGUUUAGAUUCAUCCCAUUUGUGUUGGGGGCAAUUUAAAGAUGUUAAGUAGAAGAGCAUUUGAUUCAUUCACUGUUGAAGAUUGAAGAAUUCUGAGACUUGCAGUGGGACAGGAAGUUAGGUGGGUAUUGUAUGGUGUUUACAGUAAGAGAUUAAUAGGAGCUUGAAAUAAUAUGGAUUGGAUAAAGCUGGAAUAACAGAAUCACCCCCAACUAUUUUAGUGGUUUGAAACAAGUUUAUUACUUGCUCAGGAUGCAUGGCCAAUCAAAGUAGGAAUUAACAAGAAACUGCUCAUUAGUGUCAUUUGGAGCCCUAGGCUGAAUGCUUCCAGAGUCUCCACAUUAGGAGAUGAACACAGCAAAUCGCACACUCUAAAACCUUCACCCUGGAAGCAACUGAUUUAAUUUCUGUUCAGAUUCCCUUUGCAAAUUCAAGUCACCUGGUCAAUCCUAAGUCAAGGAGGCUGAAAAAUGUAGCUGCAUAGGGGCUCCGAGAAUGAUAGAAUAUAUGUGACUUUCAUGACUAUGACAGGCAGUGACUUAGAUUUGGAGGAGGUGAGAGAAGCUAGGAUAACUUCACUAGCAUUUCUGGUUCAGACUUUUACUUAUCCAGGCUAGUCCUCAUUCUUUGAUAAUUCAUUUACUUUUCUUUCUCUUCUUUCAAAGGACUUUCCCUGACCAUGAUCAGCAAGGGACUAGGUUAGACAGAUAUUCUUAGUGGUAUGUAAAUGCGUGUUUAGCAGCAGACUCUCUGCAGAAAGUCAAAACCAAGAAAAUGUUGUGGUGUUUUUGCUAUAUUCCCUGGUAUACAUAGUGCCAUCCAAGCAAAGCUACCAAAAUGAUGCCAAUGAACAUGGAGUUGACAAUACAUGCAUAGUAGCAGACCAUACAGAUAGGGUCCAACUAAAUAAUGUCAAGUGCAUAGAUAAUAGUAUAAGACAACAAAAAAUUAGAAUUGGAUGGUAUUCAUAGCCUUUGUUUUAAGUCUGAUUUGUUUAAUCAUAACUUUGUCUACUUUAUAAUAAUCACUGUGUUCAGAGGCUGCCUUACAAAAUUGCUGAAAAUUUAGCAAUUGGCUCUCACAAGCUGAGUCCAGCUGAAUUCAACACAGUGCCAGUGUCAUCUUUGUGUCUGCACUCCCACAGCACUCUGUAGUUGUGCCUAUGAUGGUGCUUACCCAACCUAAUUCUUCAUUUACCCGUCUGUCUUGUCUGUUCGCUGGUGGGCUUCUUGAGGAAAAGGGCAUUAUCUCACUAUGAAAUUCUUUAGUAUUUAACUUGGUGUUUACAACACCGAAGAUACUCAGCAAAUACAAGUUAAGGUAAUGAAUGAAGGUAGCCAAAUUUUGCAUGAAAUAAGCAAGUUAGAAGUUUCUCUUUCCACUGAUCCCAAUUUGCAGGAAUGACCCAUUCCAUUUCAUAAGGAAAGAGCUUCUCCAAACAAUGGCUCUUCCCAUGAAUCUCAUACUAUCUGCAAAUACUCCAUUGAUAAAAAUAUAUCAGAUGGCCGGCGCCGCGGCUCACUAGGCUAAUCCUCCUCCUGCGGCACCAGCACCCCGGGUUCUAGUCCCGGUCGGGGCGCCAGAUUCUGUCCCAGUUGCUCCUCUUCCAGUCCAUCUCUCUGCUGUGGCCCAGGAGUGCAGUGGAGGAUGGCCCAGAUCCCUGGGCCCUGCACCCGCAUGGGAGACCAGGAGAAGCACUUGUCUCCUGGCUUUGGAUCAGCACGGUGCGCCGGCCAUAGCAGCCAUUUGGGGGUGAACCAAUGAAAAAGGAAGACCUUUCUCUUUGUCUCUCUCUUUCACUGUCCACUCUGCCUGUCAGAGACUCAGUUUACUCUUUUGGGUGAAUUCCAGUUUCUCUAGAAAAUAUCUUAAGUGUGACUUUAGGAUAUGGAUACGUGGGCUGUAGCUUUUGAAAAUUCAAUUAUACUUUUGGAACUUUAUUGUACAUUUCCCUGUGUAAAUAAUCUAAAUAUAACCACUCUAAACUGUUUUGGUCUACCAGCUGAGGCCAUUUAUUGAGGUCUAAUGCAUUACUUGUAUCCCUUUCUCAUAACACGGUAUUGAUCACACCACAGUGACUCAGAUCAUUUGAGCUUGAAUUGACUGUUUUAUGUUUAACCCAAAUACCAAUGUAAUGAAUCCAAAAUUAUUUUCUGAAGCUUCCUGUAGUUCUUCUAUAUUUUCUGUUUUAAUGACUUAGAUGAAUCUUUAUUAUAAGAAUGCUGCUGGACUCUACUUUGUAAUUAGUAGAUGAAAAUCCCAUUGUUUGUGGUUUGGGGGCUUAUUAAAACUCAACCUGACUUAUGGUUGUCUUCUCCAAGUGUUUUCAGCUGACACGACACUUCAAGCACCGCCCAUCUAAGCAUGAUUGCACUGUGUAACAAAUUGCAGACACUUGCCACAGCUAGACUAUUAGAAUCCUUAUCUAAAUUGUUUACAUGUUGGGUUUGUUUGGUAGUCCAGAAUAAUUGGGAUAAAUGAGCCUCCUCGCUGGUAAUUACAUUUCCUUAACAAUAUUUUGGAGAAUGUACAUGAAAGGUAAUAAUAGCUUCCCCCAAUGCCCUGUCCUGCAGUGUGUCAGAGCUCCAGAUUCUGAUAGUGUCUGACACUUAUUACUUAUGUCAUCCAUUUCUAAAAGCAGAGGCCUCUGUGAGGUCUUUUCCCCAAUGAUACCAUGUGAAACUGCAGAGUCAAAAAUCUAAUUAUGUCUGCAGCUUACCAUGGACGUCAUACACAUUUAUGGGAAAGCCCAACUAUUAUGAACCAGGAAUUCUCAAAUAGGGAAUAUGAAGUAGUAUCACUGGAAGGGGGGAAUGUUUGCAAGGCCCCCUCCAAGAUUCUGCUGUACUCACUGGGGGAGUUGACCUCCCUUUCCAUUCUGAGAAUCCUGCUCUCCCUGCUACAGCAAGACAUGGUUAUUCAUGACCAGGUGCUGUCUCACUUAGGUACAUAAGGACUGGAAAAUGUUCAAAAACAUUAUUACAUGGCUUCUUUUAUCAAAAUACUAAAGAGAAAAAUCAUCCACUUUCAAAGAUUACAUUUGUCUUUCCCAAUGAAUACACAUAGGCUGAAUUCCACCUGGUGGAAUUAUGAAGACAAUGCUUUGGGUUAAAGCACUCGUGUACCUAUAGGUACCCCACAGAACUUCAGUCUGGUUCCUUUAUGUGUGUGCAUGUAUUACUGUAAGUGUGUGAGACACUGUAUGUGAUGUUUUCUUUUAAAUUUAUGACAUGUAUUGCUAUUCAUUAGAGCUUCUGAGAAAUCUUCUAGCAGUAUAUCAAUAUCAUCUAAAUUCAUACCUUUUUACAAUCCGCUGUUUCAGUUUCAGGUCACUGAAACUAAACUAAAACUAAUUGAGAAUGAGAAACCACACAGUGGUUUGAACCGGUGACAUUAAUAGAAAGGAUGAUUAAUCACAACAAGGAAUUAAAAGUUGGGAUUGGCGUGUACAAAAUGCAGAGAGCUAUAAAGCAUAUAGAUGGAGUAGGCAUAUGGAGCUACCAUUGUACCUAGGGAGAAGAUUGCUCAAGGAACUCCUCGUCCUUCCUCCCAGGGUUGAGAUCCCAACCUCCCUCACUGGGGAUGGGAGAGCAUAGACGUUUCAGUAAGCCAUUCUUUAUUAAAUUCUGUUAUAUUUAAUGUCAACAUACUUUUUCAGUGAUUUUGGUUAGUUGAAAUCAUAGAAAUAGAAUUGUAACAUAGUAAACCUCUCUGUUUCAAUUGCUUUUCCCUUGUUUAACUUUGUGUGAUUGGAACCCUGAUGAUGCUUGAGAGACUGAGCAGGGAUUGACAGGCUGCUGCUUUCCAACACUGGCAACCUCCUUCCCCUGUCGCCACCCUGAGAAAGGAGUAUACCUUGGGAGUAAUUGCUGAGGCAGUACUUCAAGAUAGCAGGUUGUUGCUGGAAAGGGAUGAGGAGAGGGAAUCUUCUUUAGGAAUAAACUACUGAAAGCAUCAUUAAGUGGUAGAAUGAAGGAAGUUCCAGCUUUGAAUUCAACUCUACAUCUUCCCUGCUAUUAAAUAACUACAUUGAUGUUGGGCAAAAUUGAAUAUUUUAGUAUGAGAGUUAAACAAAAAUGCACAGAUUUAUAGCAGCCAGAAAGAAUACAGUAGGUGAUAAUAGUACUACUCUGCUUUCUCACUUCUGUGGAAUUUAAUUUGGUAAUUAAGGAGAGAUGGGACAAUCACUUAGCAUAUUUUAAAAGAGCUCAUAUCUAAAGAUCAGGAGCUAUUGUUUUGAGAAGCUUUAUAUCGUUUUUCCAAUUAAAUACCAUUUCAUUCUUCCAGGUGGUGCACUGGAAAGAUCUUCUAACAUAAUAUAAUUUUAAAUAGAUCUGUUAAAUUAAUUCUUUUUACUUAGCUGUCUUAUUUCCUGAUGUAUUAUGUUUAAAUAUACAUUUUUAUUUUUAUUUAAAAAAUGGAUAUCUGUAUCCUGUGAACUUAGCAUUCAUCUCCUUUAAAAAAUUUUUUUUUUAUUUGAAAGAAUUAGAGGAAGAGACAGACAAUCACAGAGAAUCUUCCAUCUUCUCGUGUUACCCCCAAAAUGGCCACAAGUGGCUGGAGUUGGACCAGACUGAAGCCAGGAGCUUCUGAUGGGUCUCCCAUGUGGGUCCAGGGGCCCAAGGAUUUGGGUCAUCCUCUGAUGCUCUUAGGUGCAUUAGCAGGGGACUGGAUUGGGAGUAGAGCAGCUAGGGCUUGAACUGGCCCCUAUAUGGGAUGCCAGCAUCGCAGGUGGUGGCUUAACUUCUACCACAGCGCCAGCCCCUAAACAUAUCUUUUGAAAUGGUAAACAGAAGAGGUAAGUGACCAACUGAUGAUGCGACUAAGAUCAAAGCCAAGGUUAUACAGUAAAGAUUAUUAAAUAAAUGUGCAUAAGAGUAUUGGAAUGUGUGAGAUAUAAGGAAUAAUGCUCAACUGAGGAUUCUGAGAUCUUUCAUUGAGUUCUGGGAUCUAUCUUGCUUCUGAAGGUCAGCCUGUCUUAGCUUUACUGAAUUUUGUGGCACUUCAUAUCUAUACAGCAAGAUUGUCAGCUCUUUUGGACACUUGAGUGCAUGAAAAAAUACAAAGCAGGGCCUCUUUUUGACAGAGUAAGGUGGUGGUACUUUAUAGAUAAUCAUGUGUUUAAGUUAAUCAUGAUUUAUGUCCUAGCUAUCAGAAAUCUAUGUAAAAUAUUGCUAGUUAGAGACUUGUGAAGUAUAACCAUGCAAUCUUUGGAUUUUUGAAUAUCACUAAAGUUUUAAGGUUUGAGCCUUUAUAAUGUCAGGUAAUAUACGAGGUUGGUGCUGAAAAAUAUAUUCGUUCAGUAAAAAAACAUGGAGAUAGGAAACAGCACCUGUGGCACCUUAUUUUUGCCAGGUAUCAUGCACUUCUUUGACCUGAGUGUGACAUGGUUUGUCAUAACUACUCACACAAACAUUCCUGACCUUCAGAUCUUCCUUACCCUCCUCCACAUUUUCCCUCAGCUGUCAUGAUGUGGAAAGCAUACUUCUAUCUUUUACAAUAUUAUGGCAGGGGCCAACACUGUGGCAUAGCUAGUAAAGCCACUGCCUGCAGUGCCAGACUCCCAUAUGGGCACCAGUUUGAGUCCCAGCUGCUGCUCUUCCGAUCCAGCCCUCUGCUAUGGCCUGGGAAAGCAGUACAAGAUGGCCCAAAUCCUUGGGCCCCUGCACCCGCAUGGAGACCCGGAAGAAGUUCCUGGCUCCUGGUCUCGGAUCAGCCCAGGAUCUGUUGCGGCCAUUUGAGGAGUGAACCAGCAAAUAGAAGACCUAUCUCUGUCUCUGCCUCUGCAUCUCUAUAACUCUGCCUUUCAAAAAAAUAAAUAUUUUAAAAAGAGAAGUAUUACAACAGAAAUCUGCUUUAUCUUUCAUAUGUAGGUUCAUGUGUGUGUGUGUUCGUGCAUGUUUGUGCGCCUGCCUCCUACCAUGUGAAGAUGAUCAAUAAUACUAGAAAAAGUAUUUCUACCAAUAUUGUGUAACAACAGAGAAUCCUGUCUCACCAACAGGGGUGAUUCCAUGGUGGAUUCAAUCAUGAGUUUGAUGUCCGUUGUUGGAAUAGAUUCAUAAAUUGCAUGAACACAAUGCCUGAGUGACUGAUGUCGUGUCUUCUACCAUAGGAGUUUUUGACUUUGAAGAUUCCCAUUUCAGAGCCAAUAGGAAUCAGAGUAAAAUUUCCACUGAGCAAAUGUCUAACAAAGGAGUCUGGCAGUUCAGUGUCAAAUGUACUUUUCUCAUAGGAUCACAGUGUUUUUGUUUAACUUUUUGUUUUUUCCUUGUGAAAGUUGUUUUCCAUACUGUUUAUACCUCCAAGUCUUAGACUCCUCCUUCCAUAAACAUCAUAGGCUGAUAAAUAAAUAUCCUUUCUUUGCUGUCACAGGUAUGACUCAGCAAUCCACCAUUCCAAGUUGCUGCUUGUUUUCCCAUAUUCAUCCUGAACAUGCCUGGUGUACCAACUGUGUGACCCAAAGGCUUAGUGGGAAGCACAACAUGGAAUUAUUUUCUCCAUGAAGCUCACAUUCCAGGGGAAAGACAAUGUGAAAAAUUCUAAUUACUAAAGUGUCAGGUGUUAAUGAUGAGUUAAGUUGAAGCUGUCUAAGAUUUGGGACUUGGUUUUGGAAUCCGGUUCUUCAAUCAGUAAGAUAUCUUCAGUCAGACAUUUACUUUUCUGUUCAUUUCUAAAGAAUUUUAUGUUUAUCUUAUACAACUGAAUAUUUGUAAAGAUGUAUUGAUUGAUUUUGAAAGAGAGAGAGGGAGACAGAGCGAGCUUCUAUCCAGCAUUUCCCUUUCCAGAUGGCCACAAUCUUUUACAAAAAUUGGGCCAAGUCAAAGCCAUGAGCUUCAUCCAGGUCUCCUAAGUGGAACAGGAGUCCAACUCUUGGGCUGCCUUUUGGUGCUUUCCCAAGGCCAUUAGCAGGGAGCUAGAUCAGAAGUGGAGCAGGGAGACAUGAACUGGCACCAUAUGGGAUUCUGUAUUGCAAGCAGUGGCUUUACCUGCUAAGUAGUAACUCCAGCCCUGAAUAGUUUUUAAGAUGUAUUUUAUGUAUUUGAAAGGCAGAGUGACAGAGGGAAAUACAGAUAACCACAGAUCUCCUAUCAGUUGUUUCACUCCCCAGGACAAGACCAGGAACCAGGAAUUCCAUUUGGGUCUCCCACUUAGGUGACAUGGACCCAAGUAUUUGAGAUGUCUUCCAUUACUUUGUCGGGAUCAUUAAUUAGCAGGGAGCUGGACUGGAAACAGAGCAGCCAGGACUUGAAAUGGGAUGCUGGCAUCAUAGGUUUGGUGGCUUGACAUGUAGCACCACAACGCUGGCCCCCAUCUGGCAUAUUUCAGACUUACUGUCUACCUGAAACAAGCAAAAAUAUAAAAUACGUGUUUUUAAGAUACUGGGCAUCAGAUUAUGAGAGGGGUAGUGAUUGUUGCUAGAUGGGAAGCAAGCAAGCAAUAUCUUUCUGAAACAACUGGUUAUUAAUGAGUACUUAUUUGAUUUGGGGUUUAUUAAACUAUCAAAUGUUUUGAUUAAGCCUUGACUUUUAUAAUAGGUUCUAUAGCAUACAUGUUUUUGUUUUAUAAGAUUCAAAUGAAAGUAGAACUUAGAAUAUGAAACAUGUAUUUAAUUUAUAAAUCUAAUUACAUUUUAAUAGCUUAAGAUAAAAAUUUGUAAGCCUCUGCUUUCUCUGUGUUUUUAGAAAACUUUGACUAGAAUGAGCAUGAUUUGAUUUAAAAAUUAUUCUAUCAAUACUAUUUCAGUAGUAUUCAUUCAUGAAAAUAAUAUAAAGUUGCAAUUGUAGUUAUAUAGAACAUAACAAAAUAUUUACUUUGUAUUAAUGUGAAGUUGCAUGGUGAAAUAAUUGUCACAAAAGUCUUGCAUUUUGCCCAUAAAGGUUGCUUGUAGAAUAAUAAUGUGCUUCCAACAAAUUAUAUUUCCUAGGAGAGUACUGGGACCAGCUGAUUUAUAGCAGCAUCUAUUCUAUGUAGUCAUUUAUGUAUUCUGUGUUCCUUUUUAAUUUAUGUUAAGCCUGGAAAAUUCCAUGCAAAAAUAUCUCUAGUAAUGUAUUAAAAAGGUUAUGUGUCUGUUAGGAUGCCAUUGGUUGGAAGUAAGUGACUAAGGAAAAAGGCUACCAAGGACCCCAAAUGAUUCCUAACCAGAUUUAUAUCUGUAAUUAUUUAUGUAUUAAGUAUUUAUUGAGGCCUCAUGUGGACCAGGCAUUGUGGGAUGUGCUCAGUCAACAGCUCAAAGUCCACUUUGAUCACUAGAGAGAAAACAUUAGAGAGGGGCUUCUUGAGAAAGAAAAGAUUUUUUCAGUUUCCAGUUUAGAAGUUACAGUUCAGUAUCAGGUGGAUUCAUACGCUAGCAUCUGGUAGAAACUUGUCAUGACGGUUGUGGAGGGAUUAUCACAUGAUGAGCCAAGAAGACAAAGAAUAACCAGGCGGGACUUGAACUCGAACAGCCAACUCUCUGGUGAGAACCAUGCUCCAAAGCACAACCUCAACAAACUAAAGACCUGUUUCUCAGACACCAUAAUUAGAGCAAGUCUCCACCUUCAGUCCAUCAACACUUAACAUUAACACAGCAGAGUUUCAGCAUCUUAACAUCAGUUUGUGGCCACAAUUCCUGCUUUACCCAUAACAGAAGACAAAGUCUGCACUCAUGGAGCUUAGGUUCUAAAGGGGAGAGACAGGCCACAAAUAAACAAAAAUUCAGGAAACCAGUGCACUUGCAUGUUUCAAAAUUAAAAGACUAAGAAAGGAAAGAGGAGGGAGAGUAGGGUGGGAAGUUUGACUAUGCUCCAGAAUCUGUAUACAUGAAAUUCAUGAAAGUUGUUCAUCUUAAAUAAAAAAAUUGAAGAAGAAUUAGAACCAUUUCCAAACGAGGUAUGGCCACCGUGCAUUGUACACAGAAACACUGCAGCACUGGUAUUGUGGAGAAAGAACGGCUUCAUGACUGUCCAGUGUGAAGACAGGACAAUCGCACUCUAACCUGUCAUUCUGUUUGGGGUCAGGAGAAAGUUGUCAGGGUUAAGGAGGAGAAUGCUGGUAUGUGGAAAUAUUGGUUAGAUGAGUUCUGUUUGGAAUGGCAUGAAAUUAGGACACUAAAAUAUUAUGGUGUCCUAAGAAGUUCUCGGAAGAAAAAAGGAACUCAUUAUUUAACUGUAUAUCAGUGAAAUGGACAUCUUUUCCCUUGAUAAUUGUUUAUAGCCCUUGCCUAUAUGUCUGCUGAAUUAAUUUUUUAAGCUUUUACUUGUUGAAUACUUUCUUUAAUAGACUAUGAAACCUGUUUAAUGUAAAUUUAAAAUAUGGUAUCUCAAAAAUUUUAAAAAGAAAGGGGAGGGAGGGAAUAAAGAAGGCAAGUAUCAUUUGUAGACUUGAAUUUGUGGAAUACAUUGACUAUUCUCUUUAUAUUAGUAUCAUAUUAACAUAAUUGGUAAAAAUUGUGUUUUAAUAAUUAUCAUGCAUUUGCUAUGACCCUGAGAAUCGAACAUAUCAAUAAUUCCUUAAAACUGAAAAAAGGGGGGUGGGGGAUAGAGAGUGUAGAGUAAAAAAUUUCAAAUUAUUUUUUUUAAGUUUUAUAAAAUUAUUUUUUAAAGAUUUAUUUAUUUAUUUGAAAGAUUUACACAGAGAGAAGAGAAGCAAAGAGAGAGAGGUCUUCCAUCCACUGGUUCACUCCCCAGAUGGCUGCAACAGCCAAAGCUGUGCCGAUCUGAAGCCAGGAGCUUCUUCUAGGUCUUGUACACAGGUGUAGGGGCCCAAGGACAUGGGCUAUCUUCUGCUAUCCCAGGCCAUAACAGAGAGCUGGAUUCUUCCAAGAGGAGCAGCCAGGACUAAAACCGGUUCCCAUAUGGGAUGCGGGUGCUUCAGGCCAGGGUGUUAACCCACUGCACCACAGUGCCGGCACCUAAAAUUGUUUUUAAAAUAUAUUAUUUUAGGGGCCAGUGCUGUGGCAUAGUAGAUUAAGCCUCCACCUGCAACAUUGACUUCCUGGAUGGAUUCUUGUUUGAGUCCUGGCUUCUCCACUUCUGAUCCAGCUCCCUGAUAAUGGCCUGGGAAAGCAAUGGAAGAUGGCCCAAGUGUUUGAGGCCCUGGUACCCACCUGGGAGAACCAGAAGAAGCUUCUGGUUCUUGCUUUCAGAUUGGCCCAGCUCUGGCUGUUGCAGCCCUUGGAGAGUGAACCAACGGAUGGAAGAUCCCUCUCUCUAACUCUGCCUCUUAAUAAAUAUUUAAUAAAUAAAUUUAAUAAAUCUAAAAUAAUAAUAUAAUAUUCAUUUUAGUUGAGAGGUACAGAGACCUUCCAUACUCUGGUUUACACUCUAAAGGCCCACAACAGCCAGGGUUGGGCUAAAUCAAGCCAGAAGCCGGGAACCCAAACAGGGUCUCCCAUGUGUGUGGGAAUUACUGAUUACUUGAGCUUUCAGCAUUGCCUCUUAGGGUGUGCAUGAACAGGAAGCUGGAUCAGAAAUGGAGUAGCUGGGACUCAAAGUAGACACUCUGAUAUGGGAUGUGAGUAUCCUGAGCCGUGACUUGACUGCUGCAUCAAAAGCCGCCCCAGGAAUCUCAUUUUUAAUAGGAUGGCCUGGGAAAGGCUUGUUGAAUGUUGACUCUUGAAGUGAAGGCUGAGGGAGGUAAGACAAUGAGACUUGGAGUUCUCUUACAAAGGAGUCCCAUGUUGGGGAAAUCAAGGGCAAAUUACUUGAGCAAGUGACUUGAUUCUUUGAAGGAAUGUCACAUCUCUAUAACUCAAAGUAGGCAAGGAAUCAAUAGUGAAGAUGAGGUCAUAGAGGAAUCAGAAACAAAAGAUGUGGGUGGUCUAGGUGCCUUUUUCUCUGUUUGGGAUGGGUAGUCUUUGGACUGACUGGAGCAGAGGUGUGGCAUGGUCCAAAUUUUGUUUUUAGAAAGAUUAUAAUGAUCCUUGUGCUAAGGAUAAGCUGUAGGGAGCAAGGGCAGAAGCAAACAUGUCCUUUAAGUAACUGUUGCAAUUAAAAGGCAAUAAAUCAAGGCGGUUGGGAGCAAGAUUGGAGGGUAGCUGCAGGAGGAUGCACUUAAUUUUGCAAGACCGUUUGCUGAUGGAUUAGAUGUGAAGUGGGAGGGACAAGGCUUUGUUUUGUUAUGACCUGUGCAUGGGGAAGAAUGACGUUGCCAUUUCCAGAGAUAGGAAGCACUCUUCAUAGAACAGGUAUGAGGCAAGAUUUGGUGUUCUGUGUUGGUUGGUUCUGAAAUGCCUGUUACACAUUCAAAUGGGACUUUGAAUUCAGAGACCCAGAGACUUAUAUUUAGGUAUUAUCAGUGUUUGCUGGGAUGAGAUUAUAUAGAAAGUGAAUGUGGAUGGAGUAGAGAGGGGAUCUGGGACUAAUCUUGGAAAAACAGGAAUCUAGGAGCCUGAGCCAGUAGAGCCAUUGCGUAGGAUCAAAACCAGCAGAGUAUAGUACAACAGAUGCCAAGUGAAGGUAUGUUAUGGAAAUGUCUGACCUUUUUACUGGUUGUGUUUCAGGAUGUGACAUUAUAGGCUGUCAUCCUACAAAAUAAGCUGAAACAGGCGAAAGACUUUAGCUGUACCCGACUGUUUAUAUUUAAACAUUCAAGUAUAUUGGCUGAAAACACACUUGAGAAGUAACAGUUAUCGGAUUAGCAUAUUAUUUUAUUUGAAGUGUGAAGACAGAGAAGGGUGGGGAGAGAGAGCAAGAAAGCACACUCCCAGCUGCUAAUUCAGUCCUCAGAUGCCUAUAGUGGUUGAGGCUGGGCCAGAUCUGGAGAUGGGAGCUUGAAACUCUAUCCACAUCUCCAUGUGGGUAGCAGGAACCUACUUACUUGAGGCAUCCUGCUGCUGUCUCACAGGAUCUGCAUUGAUAAGAAGCUGGAAUCAGGAGCCAGAGCUAAGAAUUCAUCCCAGGUUCUCAGAGAUACAGAUGUCUUAGCUGGUAUCCUAACUGCUAAGUUAAACACCUGCCUCAGUAUACUAUACUUCUGUACUUUGUAGCACCAAAUUUAAUCUAUAGAGUCCCUUUCUCUAGAGAGAUGAAAGCUGUGGCAAAAGAAAAUUAGAUUUUUCUUGGUAAUGGAAAAAAUGAACUUUUCUAAGCACGCAGAAAGCAAACUUGGAAUUUAAUGGGAAUGUUCUUAAGCACAGCAGACAGAAAUCAGGACUGAUUGAUUAAAAGAAUGUGUUGCUUAUCUGCAUUGUGUCAGGCAUUGUAGUGGCCACCAUAUAAACGUUGGUAGACAGAGUAAUUUCUCAGCAAACAUUUGGAGAAAGAAAAAAGACAAGCUGUCACAAUGCAGAGUAAUAACUUAUAUGUGAAAGAAUUGGGAGUGCUGAGUUUUUAUCACAAAUACAUAGAAUCUAAUGUUAAAGUGUCAGCAAAUGUUGCCUAGAGGCAGGAACCCAACACUGGCAUUAAGUGUCAAUAUUCCCCAGGGCCAUUUGGACACAUUCCUAGCUUCAGAAUUCCUGUCUUGGGAUGAUUUUCCUAAUGUAUGCUCUGUCUUUCCAUAACCUGACAAAAACAUCACUCACCCUCCCCUGGUACCUGAGACUCAUCUUUAUGCCUAGACAAGCGUUUCAUGUGCUGCUGUUUAUAGACACUUAAAGUACGGUUUAUUCGUAAGAUUUAGAGCUGAUUUGAGAGAAUGCAAAGGCUGUGGAGGCUGGCUACCGAGAGAACAACUGCUCUUCUGCGGGCCUCAGACACAGGUCGCUCCAGUGGUACUGUUCUGUUACUUGUCUGUGAGGAGUUUGAAAGGAGAAAGGGAGCAAGUAACCAUCUUCUGGCUAACGUGUCCCGAUGUCCCAGAUGCUUUGGAACUAAGCAUCAAAAUUAAGGAUGUUAUGAGACAUACCACUGCUGUCCACAGACUCCUUACCGUAGAGUUGGAAGAUGGUGUGUAUUCACUAACAUAGGAUUU